CCCCCGUCCUGCUCCCCCUCACUCGGAUAGAGCUGGCAGCAGCCGUCCACAUCCACAGAGUGCUGUAUCUGUUCCAAAGAGAAUAUAUCUGCUCUGCACAGGGAGGAUAGGAUUAACACAACAUCAGCUCAUCUGCAUAUUCCCAGGAACACAUGAGCACCCAGGGCUUUUGCUUUUCAUCCAACUCGGAACAUCACAGGACUUGAUACACAUCGGUGGAGCAUCGUUCAUUCAACUCUCUCUGCUUUGAGAGGAUUUAAAGGAAGACUCUUCUUUUUGCUUUCUUUCAUUCGUAAUUGUUUUGGGUCUGUUUCUGUUCACUCCAUUUAGGAUUGUCAGAUUGGGAAAAUGCAAUUAAUAUGACAUAAUUUUGAAUUGCUGAAAGUAUCCGGUUUUUAUUUUCUCCCCAGGACAUAUAACUUUUUUGGACUGCUCUGUAGGGUAUCUAGAUUGUUCAUCUGAUUUGCUCAAAGUGAGUGUCCGAAUGCCCUCCAGGGAGUCUUACGAGGUCCGGAAAGCAGAGAAGUCCCUGGUGCACAAGGCCAAGCAGGAGCCCAACCAGCAAGACAUCCUGGUGGCUGCUCUGGGGAUGCGAAUCCCAGGUCCCCAGAAACCUCCAGCCACGAUCUGGCAGCCUCUCAAAUUGUUUGCCUACUCACAGCUCACGUCGCUGGUCCGCAAAGCCACGCUGAAGGACAACAGCCUACCCCCCAAGUACGAAAAAGCCCACAACUUCAAGGUACACACGUUCCGGGGACCCCACUGGUGUGAAUACUGUGCCAACUUCAUGUGGGGGCUGACGAAUCAAGGAGUCAAAUGUGCAGACUGUGGCCUAAACGUCCACAAGCAGUGCUCCACCAUGGUACCUAACAGCUGUGUGCCAGACCUUAAACACGUCAAGAAAGUCUACAGCUGUGAGCUCACAACCCUGGUGAAAGCUCACGACACCAAGCGACCCAUGGUGGUGGACAUGUGCAUACGGGAAAUAGAAUCGAGAGGUCUGAAGUCUGAAGGGCUCUACAGAAUAUCUGGAUUCAGCGAUUCAGUCGAAGAUGUCAAGACGGCGUUUGACAGAGAUGGUGAAAAGACGGACAUUUCUGCAAGCGCGUAUGAAGACAUUAAUAUCAUCACAGGCGCUCUUAAACUCUACCUUAGGGAUUUGCCCGUUCCUGUCAUCUCCUACGAGGCCUACCCCAGGUUCAUCCAGGCUGCAAAGCUUGAAGACGCAGAGAAGCGUCUGGAGGCUUUCCGUGAGGCGUUGGAACUCCUGCCUGCAGCGCACAGUGAAACCCUGAGGUACCUCCUGGCCCAUUUAAAGAGGGUGACUUUGAAUGAAAAGGAAAACCUGAUGAAUUCCGAGAACCUGGGCAUUGUUUUCGGUCCGACCCUGAUGCGUGCUCCAAACCUGGACGCCAUGACGGCGCUCAAUGACAUCCGCUACCAACGGCAAGUGGUGGAGUUCCUCAUUAAAAAUGAAGACAUCCUCUUCUGAAAACAGACCAAUCCAUUCUGCUGAGAUAAGGAAGGAGACCUGUUUGUUUUGUAAAACAGCUUGAUGCUGUCCAAUCACUUUUUGGUGCAAAGACUUGAACAUGAAGGAAUCUUUCUAUUACAUUUGUAUCACAUAUGAAGGGAUCUUUGCAUUGCAUUUGUGAUAUAUCCAUUUCCACUUCCCUUGGACUAGUGCUUAACCUUACCUUUUUCUUCCCCUGUAACGGGUGUGGAUAAUGAUCUACCUUAAACUUGCAUGUCUGUCUCCCCAUUUUUGUCGGGGCUUGUGUAGAACACUGAUUGACCAGACUUGUUUGUGUCUUUAUUUUGUAGCAGUAACCCAGCAUGUGGUAAAUAUGUAAAACAUUGUUACUUUACUAUGGUUUGUCCUGUAGAUUCAAAAUAUCUCCUGCCCGGUUGCUUAUUAGGUCAUUCUUUUUUUGUGACUCAUUGUAUAUCUGUCUGUGAAUUUGACUACUGUUUUUCUCUAAACCUUUGUAAUGAUAUUUGACUGAACCUGUCUUUUUGCCUCUUCAGCUGUUUUAUAUACAAGUCUUCUUAAAGGAGAAUUUACCUUUUUUCACUUUGUGUUACAUUCUUGCUCAAACUGAAAUAAGUCUACGGGCUAAGAGAAACUGUAGAAUGAAUCCAUCAUCAAGAUUUCUUUAAACAGCCAUAACAAACGUUAGCUAUCAUUAGCCAGCACUAGCUAAAAUCAAUGAGAGUAAUUAGGGCAUGUGAGUGUGUUAAGAAACUUAGAUCUUAAAAUCACCUGAAAUCCUCAUCUUUUUCAUAAAAGUGAUAUGGCUAUUAAAAACAAUAAAUGCUCAGAUGUCAUUGAUGCUGAGAUGUUUUUGCUACCAGGUGCUAAACUGUGUUUUUACUGGCUGUAUGAAGAGAUCUGAACCAUAGAUUGCAUAUUCUCUUGACCCACAAACUACAGUCAGGGUGACGAAUCAACUAACAUCUAUUUGAAAAAAUUUAAAUUCUCUUGUAAGCGGAAAUUCAGAGCCUCUUUCAAUCAGAAAACUAAAACAAUGUACUUGUAAAUGUUACAUUUGCCUGACAGUCAAGAUGUUGUUGCAUUCAAACUGCUAUGUUUGUGCAGGUAAUGUUUUUUUAUUGUAAUAUUUUUGUACUUAAUUUGAGCAUGUACAUUUUAAUUUAUUAAACCUCGCUUUAUGAAAAGU